AUGUCCCUGUCACAAGAGCAGCAGACAGAAAACACAGAACCAUGCACCAGCCCUGGAAACCCAGCAGUCUCUUCCAUUACCACCUCAGCAACUAGAAGCAUGAAAUCAGCAACAAACCCAAACAUUGGAAGGAUCCUCUACAGGACGACUUCAAGUGCCUAUGGCAGUUUCCCUCCGACCCCUGAAAGCUCACCUCACUCCUACCACCCAAAGUCUCACAGAUUUACUAAGGAACAAAGCAGAGGAGGGAUGUACCAAGAUAAUUCUUUGAAUACGGCCCUUGACCGGAGCAGGGUGCAUGACUGUCCCAGUUUACAUUACACCCUCUGA